AUGUCUGAAGUCAAAAGAACCAUCCGAAUCACCACGGAGCAACACGUCAUGAAAGACGUUCCGCCGGUGGAAAACUUCCCCAUGCGUGAGUGGUCUGUCCAGGUGACUAUGCUAGACCAAGCUGGGAACGAAAUUGCCGCCAAUAUUCUCGAUCGUGUAACCUACUCGCUCCAUCCCACUUUUGCCAAUCCCAUUCGUACGUUAAAACUGCCACCAUUUUUGGUCAAGGAGCAAGGAUGGGGAGAGUUCGAUAUCCCUAUUACCGUCCAUCUUGUUGGAGUGGCGGGAAAACAAGGAGAACGCAAGUUUUCUCACGAUCUCAAUUUUCUCCAAGAAAAGUAUAUUGUAGACCACAGUAUUUCUGUGCCCACCACCAAGUCGCCCACGCUCAAUAAGCUCUUGUUGGAAAGCGGGCCGGUUCCCAACGCAGACAACAUCGAACUGAGCAAAAGACGCAAUGACGGCGAUAUGGGAAGCAAGGUGAAAAAAGCGAAAACCGGCACUGGAGCCGUCAAAGGUUCGGUAGAUUUGGAGAAACUUGCCAAUGGGCUCACCAAGCUCGGCGAGGACGACUUGAUUGUGAUUGUGCAGAUGGUUACCGACAACAGAACCAAUGACAUGAACAUCAAGAACGACGUGGAUAACGGCGAGUUCACUAUGGAUUUGUAUACGUUGCCGGAGCUGUUGUUGAAGAGUAUGUGGGAAAAGGUGCGGCGGUAUGUGGAGUAG